AUGACUAAAAGUAACGGAGAAGAUCCACGAUCUGGAAGUAGGAUGGAGCGUUUUCAGCAAGGAGUCCGGAAACGUACAUUAAUGGCAAAAAAGAAAGUGCAGAGCAUAACAAAGGAUGAUGUUAAAAGCUACUUACUAAGGAAUGCCUUUGUGCUCCUAACCAUCAUUGCUGUCAUUGUUGGUAUAAUCCUUGGAUUUUGCCUCCGACCAUACAACAUGAGUUACCGAGAAGUCAAAUACUUUUCCUUUCCAGGAGAACUAUUGAUGAGAAUGCUGCAAAUGCUGGUCCUUCCCCUUAUCGUAUCCAGUUUAGUUACAGGAAUUGCUGCCCUGGAUAGUAAAGCAUCAGGGAAGAUGGGAAUCCGAGCUGUAGUCUACUACAUGAGUACAACGAUCAUUGCUGUAUUAAUUGGUAUUAUCAUUGUGGUCAUCGUCCACCCUGGGAAAGGUACAAAGGAAAAUAUGCACAGAGAAGGCAAAAUUAUGCAUGUGACAGCAGCAGAUGCCUUUCUUGAUUUAAUCAGAAACAUGUUCCCUCCAAACUUGGUAGAAGCCUGCUUCAAACAGUUCAAAACAAACUAUGAUAAGAGAGAAUUUCAAGUAGCAAUUCCACCCAAUGAAACCUCCACUAUGGCUUCUGUAAUUAGCAACGUCUCAGAGGCAAUGGAAACCCUAACUCGAAUAAAGGAGGAGAUUAUCCCUGUUCCAGGAUCUGUAAAUGGAGUGAAUGCACUGGGACUGGUGGUUUUUUCAAUAAGCUUUGGAUUGGUGAUUGGGAGCAUGAAGGAGCAAGGGCAGCCAUUAAAGGACUUCUUUGAUAGCCUUAAUGAAGCUAUCAUGAGAUUGGUAGCUCUAAUCAUGUGGUAUGCUCCGCUUGGUAUCCUCUUCUUGAUUGCUGGAAAAAUUGUUGAGAUGGAAGACAUGGGUGUAAUUGGUGGACAACUUGCCAUGUACACUGUAACAGUUAUCAUUGGUUUGCUCAUUCAUGCAAUUAUUGUUUUACCACUGCUCUACUUCCUGAUCACCCGUAAAAACCCUUGGGUAUUUAUUGGAGGAUUGCUUCAGGCACUGAUUACAGCUUUGGGAACAUCUUCAAGUUCUGCCACCCUACCUGUUACAUUUAAAUGCCUAGAAGAAAAUAAUGGAGUGGAUAAGCGUGUUACAAGAUUUGUACUCCCAGUGGGUGCUACAAUCAACAUGGAUGGCACAGCUUUGUAUGAGGCUUUGGCUGCAAUUUUCAUCGCGCAAGUUAACAACUUUGAUCUGAACUUUGGGCAGAUUAUCACGAUCAGCAUCACAGCUACAGCUGCCAGUAUUGGGGCUGCAGGAAUUCCUCAGGCCGGACUGGUCACCAUGGUCAUUGUGCUGACAUCUGUAGGUUUGCCUACGGAUGAUAUCACUCUCAUCAUUGCAGUGGAUUGGUUCUUGGACCGUCUUCGUACCACUACCAAUGUCUUGGGAGACUCCAUUGGUGCAGGAAUUGUUGAACAUUUGUCACGGCAUGAACUGAAGAGCAGAGAUGCUGAGAUGGGUAAUUCUGUGAUAGAAGAGAAUGAAAUGAAGAAACCAUAUCAACUCAUCUCACAGGAAAAUGAGCGUGAAAAACCAUUAGACAGUGAAACCAAGAUGUAGGAUAAAACAGGCAUGUAUCCAACACUAGAAUUGUGGGAAACAUACUUCUCCAACCAUUUAUACCUUGUUUUCACCAAGUCCAUUUAGUCCAUGUUUCUCCCCUUUAUGAUAGCACGGAAAAAGAAUUAAUCACAAACAUUCCAAAUUAGCAGUGACC